AUGGCUAGAAGAAGAAGAGCAGGGCAGAUGGAGCCUCUAAGCUCUCUUUGUACCAAGCUUGAGGUUAAAGAAGUUAAUGAAUAUGUUGGAAAAGGACUGUUUGCCGCAAAACCGUUUGCCCCUGGAGACUUUGUAGUUGAAUAUGAAGGAGAUCUGAUCACGGCAAGUGAGGCAACCAGAAGAGAAAUAACAAAGAAGUAUACACAGAACAGGCACAAAUUCCUGUAUGAUUUUGUUCAUAAUGGUGAACAGCUCUGCAUUGAUUCUACAAAUAAUACAGAGACGUUUGGAAGAUAUGCCAACGAUGCACCACAACGUUUGGCCAAUACAUUAUGUGAAGAAGGUGUGUCAUGA